AUGCCAAACACCUGCUUUGAUGGAGACUUCCGAAGCAAACCACAACAAAACUUUGCCGGAGUCAAUCGCAAUCUACAUCGCGACCAAUUGAUCGAGAAUGCGGCUUUGGAAAGAAAGAAACGCGAGCAAGAGGUGUUUCGCAAGGAAUACGAUGAGAAGCUUUCCCAGAUCACAGAUAAUGUCAAUGUCAACUUGUUAUCGUAUCUUGCUAAGAGACUGAUCUUUUUCUACUCACAUUCAAGAGAUGUUGACCGAAUUAUUUUAAAAACGCAAAUAAGCUCAAUACCAGUCAAGACAUUUUUUACCGUUAUUCGAGCUUUUAGUGAAAAAUUAUCCGCAUACUUAAAGUCUAAGAACACUUUUAACUUUGAAGAAAAGCAUACAAACGAUGAAGAUGAGGAUGAUGAAGAGUUGCCAAAUGACUCCGAAGACAAAUCUGAGACCGAGUUCAAAUCAUUCAUUGAGGAAAUGUUUGAAAUUCUGAAUGACAAAGACUUCUGCAACACUAUCGUGCGCUACAUGGACAACAUACUGGAAAAGGACAAGGAAUCGCUCGUCUCACUUUGUCACCUAUGCCAUUCUAUGCUCAUUUUCAGUCCAGUUGCUAUUCACAAGAACAGAUUGCUGCACUCUUUGGCAUUCAAUUCAAACUUUUUACGAGAUCUCUGGAAGUAUAUUUCAACGGAAAAUACCGUUUCGCUGUUUGAUUCAGUCAAGACUUACUUGCAUCUUCUCUCACACGGUGCUGCCUCAACACAGAAUUCAUCAGUAGACUGGCUCGAGUUCAUCCCGUCACUAACUCUCUUCUGCGCCCUUUUCAACUACUUUUUGCAAACAUUAGAUGAUGUUGAGUUCUUCAAUGAAUACAACAACAAUCCGCUGGAAAGUAACACUGACAAUUUGGCGUACAACUACAGCGUGCUUCCCUUCAAGCUAAAUGAACUCGUCUCAAUGACUUCAAUUAUUCGAGAUAGCUGCAUUUCUUUGAUUGAGCUUGCCUAUCAGGGUCAAAAAUUCGCCAACAUGACUUCGCGAAUGUUUGGUCAGACGCUGGAAAUUGAGGACAACUACACUAUUCAGUGCUGGCGACUUCUCCUAAGAUCGACCCUCAAGCUUCUGCGCCACAUUUAUGCUCGUGAUACUCGGAAGCAGUUUUGCCCUAAGAUGCACUGGAUUUCCCCAAAUACCUAUGUGCAAAUUCUGCCUGCCAACUACAACCUGGCAAUUCAGCAACGCGGCCAACUUUAUCAAGAGUUUCGGGGCAUUCGCCACCUUGGUCGAGAGGAGAUCAACCUGUUUGGGUCACCCAUUUCAGUGAAGGACAUUGUCAGUGUGACCAUUGUACAAGAACUACCUUUCGUUGUACCAUUUCACGACCGAGUCAAGAUAAUGCAAUCACUUAUUACCUACGAAAAGCGAGCCGAUGAUCAGCAUUUACGCGACAUUAUUAUGCCAGGAAACUCGAUUUCAAUUCGCCGAAAUUAUAUCUACGAAGACGCUUUUGACAAGCUGAGUGUUGAUAAAUUUCCCGAUUUGAAGAAGCAAGUUCGCAUUUCGCUCAUUUCUACGCUGGGCAUGGAGGAGACAGGCAUCGACGGGGGAGGCCUAUUUCGGGAGUUCCUGUCUGAAACUUUAAAGGCUGCCUUUGAUCCGAAUCGAGGCUUUUUUCGCCUCACCCUUGACGGCCUACUCUACCCGAAUCCGGCUGUUCAACUUCUGGUUUCAGACCACCACAUGCACUACUACUUCAUCGGUCGUCUGCUAGGCAAGGCCAUUUACGAGAACAUGCUCACCGAGCUGCCGUUGGCCCCGUUUUUUCUUGCCAAGCUUCUCAACUCCAACUCUGACGUGGAAAUCAACCAUCUGGCUUCACUUGACCCAGUGCUGUAUAAAAACUUAAUUUCGUUGAAGAACUACCGAGGCGACGUCUCUGAACUGGGGCUCGACUUUAGUGUGAUGAACUGCGAGCUGGGCACCAACAUCAUUGAAAACCUGAAACCUGAUGGGGCCAAUAUCGCAGUGACCAAUAGCAACCGAAUUGAGUACAUCCAUCUAAUGUCGGACUACAAGCUCAACAAACAGAUUCGCUCUCAGUGUAAUGCUUUCAAAAAUGGCUUCUACAACGUUGUAAACUUUGACUGGAUUACAAUGUUUGACCCGAGAGAGCUGCAGAUACUACUCUCAGGUGCUCCUACUCCUAUUGAUUUGGAAGACCUGAAAAACCACACUGUUUACUCGAACGGAUACAGCGUUGACCAUCCCGUGAUCAAAGUAUUCUGGGAAGUUGUGGCCGAGUUUAGUGAGCAUGAAAAAAGGCAACUCCUCAAGUUUAUCACAUCGUGCUCGCGACCUCCACUGCUCGGCUUCAAGGACCUCUUCCCCAAGCUUUGCAUUCAGAAUGCCGGCAAAGAGACCAAACGAUUGCCUACCUCAUCAACUUGCAUGAACCUGCUUAAACUUCCGGAAGUUUAUGACAAAAGUAUGAUGAAGGAAAAACUAGCCUACUCGAUCAACGCUGGUGCCGGUUUUGAACUGAGCUAA